AUGGAAGCCAGGAAGGAGAAAGGGCUGCACGCGGCCCGGCAGCUGCACGCGGGCGCAUCGCUCUUCUCCACACGCAUCGCCCUGCAGAAAGCGGUGGCUCCCAUUACAACGCUGACGCCAACCACGACCCUGAAGGAACACGACGAGACACAUGCCGAAGAAGCAAAGCACAAGCUGACGCGGCUUGCAUGGCACAUUGCGCAGCUGCAGCAGGAAAUGUUGGAUGCGCUUGCACCGAGCAGCGAGGCAGAGAAUGACAACAAAAACGAGGAAGAUGAGGAGCAAGACAAAAACGACAAGGACGAGGAUGAGGAUGACGAUGCUAAUGAAAGUGAUGAGGAUGAGGAUAGGGAUGAGGAUGAGACGGGCGAGAGGAAGAGCAAGAAGGCGAAGCGGCUCACCACGCCGUUUACGGUCAUCGAGGAUGAAGACGCACAGCUCGCUGCCAUGGAGGCAGCAUGCCGGCGACACCACGACAGUGUUGAUGUUCCUCACCUUGCGCGCACGAUUACGCACACGUGGCAGCUGAUGCCCUACAUCAGCAAAACCGUGGACAAAUGGCACAUGAAGACUCGUCUUGCUGGUAUGAGCGCCAACACACUGCACGCCGCAAAGCUGCGCUUUCACGUGCACCCGAAGCUGGUCAACUUCAUGGCGCCCGAUGACACGGCAUGGACCUACAACAGGGAGAAGUGA